AUGGGUGUACACUUUGGGCCAAGGCGCCCCAACCAGUUCUGGCUUUCCUUCGCGGCGUUUGCGGCACUUAUCCGCGCCGACCAGCAGGACGUCCGCGCUGACCUGCGGGGCAAACGCGCUGACCUGCGGGACGAACGCGCUGACCCGCGGGACGCCCGCGCUGACCUGCGGGACGAACGCGCUGACCUGCGGGACGAACGCGCUGACCUGCGGGACGAACGCGCUGACCUGCGGGACGAACGCGCUGACCUGCGGGACAAACGCGUCGACCGUCAAUCUCGCUCCCGCGGGCAUUUCGCCCGGCAUUCCAGCCCUCCUCCCCCCUCGCUUCCGCCUCCUCAGGGCAUUCCAGCCCUCCUCCCCCCUCGCUCCCGCCUCCUCAGGGCAUUCCAGCCCUCCUCCCCCCUCGCUUCCUCCUCCUCAGGGCAUUCCAGCCCUCCUCCCCCCUCGCUUCCUCCUCCUCAUGGCAUUCCAGCCCUCCUCCCCCCUCGCUUCCGCCUCCUCAGGGCAUUCCAGCCCUCCUCCCCCUUCGCUUCCUCCUCCUCAGGGCAUUCCAGCCCUCCUCCCCCCUCGCUUCCUCCUCCUCAGGGCAUUCCAGCCCUCCUCCCCCCUCGCUUCCGCCUCCACAGGGCAUUCCAGCCCUCCUCCCCCCUCGCUUCCUCCGCCUCAGGGCACCCAACCCCCUCGCUUCCUCAUCCUCAGGGCAUUCCAGCCCUCCUCCCCCCUCGCUUCCUCCUCCUCAGGGCAUUCCAGCCCUCCUCCCCCCUCGCUUCCUCCUCCUCCGGCCCAUCCCGCCCUCCUCUCCCCCUCGCUUCCGCGUCUCCCCUCGCGUCCUCCUCCUUGCUUCCCCUCGCUUCGACCUGGCUUGCCUCCUCACCUGCAGCAGCCCCCCCCUCCCGGCUGGCGUGCGACCUCACCGCCGCAGCACCUUGGGCUGGCUUGCCUCCUCACCUGCAGCAGUCCCCCUCCCGGCUUGAAAAUUGA